ACAACUGAUACUAAUGACAAGUCCUUUAUGGCAGUUACUAUUCAUUAUAUAAAUGAUUCAUGGAAAUUAAAACAUAUUUUACUUGAUUUUAUUCAUAUGAGUGGGCCACAUACAGAAAUCGCAAUUUCAGAUGCAAUGCAUGAAUGUCUUACAACAAUGGAUAUUAUUACAAAAUUAGUGGCUAUUACGCGUGAUAAUGCAUCAUCUAAAAUAAGUUUUUAG